AUGUCUUGGAAGCCAUCAAUCCCAGUCUUUCAUCUUCUGCUUGUUUUCCUACUCGCCGGAGAUCUUGGGUCACAUAUUUUCGUAGAUGCCAAUGCUCUAGAAUGCAACUACGGUUGGAAUUACAAAGGCUAUCGGAAAGGAUGGACCUGUGAAGUGAGACCUCCCCAUGGUGUAGGCAGCGUCCCCUGGAGUUGCACAUGGUGUGGAAGGAAUGAUGGGCUAAAACCUUCGGCUAAGGACUGCAUCAACUCACAGGGAGAACAAAUGAACGGUGGGGACCUAUGGGCUUGUGACCUCGAAUUCAGAUGGGCUCCAAUCCCAGGGACAGGCGGCAGAGAUUACCAUUGCAGACAAUCUGCCACGCCGGUCUCGUACUAUUGCAAGAGUCUUAACAAGAACCAACAAUGUCCGGAAGAUUUGUGUACCAAAUGA